CCGUCAACCUCAUUCCUCACAGGCGGGGAGGACUCAUGAGCUCAGUAUCCUUCUUGCAGGGCUGGAGGAAGGGUGAACGGGGAUCUUGUCUGCGUGGGUCUCUCGACGCUCCAUCUCUAGGCCACGCGUUGAUUGGUUCGCUUCCUUUCUUCCUGUUUUGGUGAAGAUGUCCCUGGGAACACCUUUGUGGGCGGGGCUGAUGGUGUGGGUGGGCGUGUGGGCGGUGGGUGUGAGCGGCCAGGCGGAUGGGUCCUUCUGGUGGCUGAAUAACACCACGCCCACACCUACACCCGCACCCGGAUCCACGCCCGAGCCCUCCCGCGCCCUCAAGCUGAACUGCCAGUGUGUGCCUUUCUACCAGUGCGUGGACGGGGUCAUAACAACGUCAGGUGUGGGGAUCAUCGACAUCAGAACCUCCUUGGGGAACAGCUCCGGGCCUGUCACCAACGUCGAGAGCUGCCCGGAUAUACUCGACAUCUGCUGUACCCUUCCCAACGACACCAGUGGCUCCUCAGGGUCUUCGGGUGUGACCCCUUCCUCUGUGAGCACCACCACCCUGCCCCCGGACACCCCCUGCGACUGCGUACCUUUAUUUGAAUGCAAUGACCCCAAUCGGCUCGUUAGUGACGGAAAAGGGAACACUUCUCUGGCGCUCUUCGACAACUCCGUCUCCCACUCGAAAUGCCGCGGGGCCUUCGAAGUCUGUUGCGCCUCCAAGGACACAGCGAUGCCACUGGAGAUGGACGAGGGCGACUGCAUUUGUGUGUCCCCAGACCUCUGUGGGGCUGACGGGCACGUGAUCACAGACGGUUCUGGCCUAAUCAACCCUCGCUUCGGUCCUAACUGGACUCCCACAAAGCCGCUGGAUACAGGAUUCUGCCCCGAUCGCCAGGAUGUCUGCUGCCUCCCGCCCCUGCCCGCCACCAACACGCCCCCGCCCGCUUCCUGUGGGUGGAGGAAUGCUGGUGGAGUGAGAGUUCGAAUCUUGGGCUUCACGGAGGGGGAAAGCCAGUUUGGAGAAUUCCCUUGGGUGGCCGCCAUCCUGAAACCCGCCUACUCAGACUCGCCCGCCGCAGGGGACCCCAAGCCCGCCCUGCUCUUCGUGGGCGGAGGAACCCUCAUCCACCCACGUGUGAUCCUGACGGCCGCCCAUAAGGUGUACAGACAGCGGUGCGAGGACCUGGUGGUGAGGCUGGGGGAAUGGGACACACAGGGGGAGACCGAGCCCUACCCACAUCAGGAGAGGAAGGUGGAUCGAGUUGUCAUUCACGAGAGCUUCGACGCUUCGACCCUCUUCAACGACGUUGCCUUGCUGUUCUUGAAGGAGGAGGCGCAGCUGGGGGCCCACGUGAACACCAUUUGCCUGGCGGAGGACACAUCGCAGGUGGACUGGAAGGGCUGCGUCACCAAUGGCUGGGGGGUGGACGGCUUUGGCACGUCUAACUACCAGGCCAUUAUGAAGAGCCUGACGCUGCCCCUGGUCGACAGCAGGAGAUGCCAGAACAGCCUCCAGACCACCAGGCUCGGACGCUUCUUCAGGCUGCACCCGACCUUCCUGUGUGCUGGCGGGGAGGCGGGGAAGGACGCUUGUGAGGGUGAUGGCGGAGGUCCCCUAGCUUGCCCACAACUUGCCAGCCCUGAAGGUCACUACUUGCUGGUGGGGCUGACGGCCUGGGGUGUGGGGUGCGGCAAGGAGGGGCUGCCGGGGGUGUACGUCAACAUCCCAGCGCUGAACCCGUGGAUCACUGCAACACUGGACCAGUACCUCGGUGCUUACGGAGGACGCUCGGACUUACAGGUUGGAGGAAAUGAACAAGAAGCCGUGAAUGUGGGAACAGGAGGAAAGAAUAAACAGGAGAACCAAGAGAGAAGGGAACAGCGACAGAGAGAAAGAGAAGAGAAACAGAGACAGAGAGAAGAAAGGAGGAGACAGAGAGAGCAGAGGAGGCAAGAACGACAGCAGAAUAGGAAUGGGAGAAAGUGAGAGAGCGAGUGAGUG